GUCUAAUCAAAUAAGAUACAACCAUGUGGCGUAUUAAACUUUUAUAUCGGCUCAAUUAGAUCUCGCGAGAAUCGGUUUUAAUUGGAUGCGGCCCCAAACGUAACUCUGUAUCGUUCUUCUCUCAGAUUUGUCUCCGAGAACAACGAACAAACCCGAACCCUCUUUCUGGGUAGGACUUAGAGUCUUUUCCUUUUUCUCCGCUUCAUCAACAAUGAUCCAAUCAAGUCUCCUUUAUAUUGUUCUACUCCUAGGGCUUUUAUUGUCUACAUCCGAGGCUCUCCAAUUCGAGCUCCAAUCGGGUCACACCAAAUGCAUCGCCGAAGAUAUAAAGAGCAAUUCCAUGACCGUCGGAAAGUACAGCGUCGUAAACCCUAGCGAGGGCCAUCCUUUACCAGAUACACACAAGAUCACCGUUCGGGUUACUUCGCAAUACGGGAAUAGCUAUCACUAUGCGGAGCACGUUACGACGGGGCAGUUCGCGUUUGUGGCGGCGGAGGCCGGAGAUUACAUGUCGUGCUUUUUUGCCCCCGAUCACAACCCCCAAAUUACCUUCAGCGUUGACUUUGAUUGGAAGACUGGCGUUGCGGCUAAAGAUUGGUCCAAUGUGGCUAAGAAAGGCACUGUUGAUGUAAUGGAAUUAGAGCUCAAGAAAUUGUAUGAUACCGUCACUUCCAUUCAUGAGGAAAUGUUUUAUCUCCGUGAAAGGGAAGAAGAAAUGCAAGAGCUCAACAAAACAACAAACUCCAGGAUGGCUUGGUUGGGUUUUCUCUCGCUUUUUGUUUGCUUAUCGGUGGCAGGCUUGCAAUUGUGGCACUUGAAGACCUUUUUCGAGAAAAAGAAGCUUAUUUAAUGUAUUUUUUUUAUUGGUUUUCUUGUACAUUAUUUCAGAAGCAUCUAACUCCUGAAAUAGAUCAAUUUUCAGAUGACAUCGUUAAGUUGGAGACUUUCAAAUACACUACCGAAAAGUUAUGUUGGUUAUAUAUGACUUUAUACCAUUCGAUUACCAAA